GCUGGAGGAGCUGGCCGUUCCAAACCCUCGCCUCCCUCUGCGCUGAGAGAAGGAAAGCAAGGAAACGGAUAGGCGGAGGGAAGCUCUGGGUCACGUGAUAUGAGUGAGCUGGCCCUACAAUAGAGGCAGGGGAGAAAGUUGAACGUGGGGUUCGAUUGACUGCCCUGUGUACGGCCAGUAGUUCUCCUGCCAGUGGGCGGGGCAGGGGGAACAGAGUCUGCGCGUAGCCGCCCUGUGCCUGAGCUUGGCACCAGGGGCCGGCUGGGAAGGAAACGGCUGCCAGUGUAUUUUCUGAAGGAAUUGCCUGCAUGUGCUUCUAUACUUCCUGGAAGAAUGACAGAUGACAAAGAUGUACUUAGAAAAGUGUGGUUUGGGCGAAUACCAACCUGUUUUACCCUAUAUCAAGAUGAGAUUACUGAAAGGGAAGCUGAACCUUACUAUCUGCUGUUACCUAGAAUUAGCUACCUGACACUUGUAACAGACAAAGUGAAAAAACAUUUUCAGAAAGUUAUGAAACAAGAGGAUGUUGUAGAAAUAUGGUUUGAAUAUGAAGGCAUGCCAUUGAAGUGGCAUUACCCUAUUGGCUUGCUCUUUGAUCUUCAUGCAUCAAAUACAGCCCUUCCUUGGAACAUCACAGUACAUUUUAAGAACUUUCCAGAAAAAGACCUUCUCCAUUGUCCUUCUAAGGAUGUUAUUGAAUCUCAUUUCAUGUCUUCUAUAAAAGAAGCAGAUGCCCUAAAGCAUAAAAGUCAAGUCAUCAAUGAGAUGCAAAAAAAGGAUCAUAAACAACUUUGGAUGGGAUUACAGAAUGACAAAUUUGACCAAUUUUGGGCUAUAAACAAGAAACUCAUGGAGUACCCUCCAGAAGACAGUGGAUUUCGCUACAUCCCAUUUAGAAUAUAUCACACAACAACUGAGCAACCUUUUAUACAGAAGUUGUUCCGUCCUAUUGCUGCAGAUGGACAGCUAAAUACUCUGGGAGAUCUCCUAAAAGAAGUUUGCCCUGCUGCAAUUAAUUCUGAAGGGUUUGGUUGUUUAUUGGAUUAUUGGAGAAGAUGACAAUGCUAGGAAAAGUAGAAGGAAGUAGGAAAAGAGGAAGACCCAAAAUGGCUUGAGUCAAUAAAGGAAGCCACAGCCUCCAGACUGAAAGAUCUGAGCAAGGCUGUUAAUGAUAGGACAUUUGGGAAGCCUUUUGCUCAUAGAGUUGCCAUAAGUUGGAAGUGACUUGACAACAUGUAACACAUGCAUGCUGGCAUAUGGACAGAUCGUAUUGGUUAAUGUGUGGGCAUAUGUAAUGGGGACCUCCUCUCCUAGUAUAACCCCCCACAUGCCCUACAGUCUGGUACUUAGGGCCUGUUGGUGGUUCCUGAUCCUAGAGCUGUUUGACUCUUUUUGACCCAGGGGGAGGCCUUUUAUGGUUGUGGCUCCUUCCCUCUGGAAUGCAUUAACAGAGGAGGACCCCCCCCCCCAAGGAUUUGGUGAAAUUCCAGAAGGUCUGCAAAGCAGAGAUGUUUCAUCUGGCAUUUGAAGGCUGAUUCUAAUAAGUGUGUUGGCUUGACUCCAUAUGAUUUACUAUUAUAGACAAUGGGCAUGAGUAGGGUUUAGGGAUGGUGCUGUUCUUUUAGAUGUAUAGCGUUUAAUGUUUGUAUUCUAUGCCUUUUAAUGUUUGAAUGUUACUAUGCCAUUGACUAUUAAUGUCUGUAUUUCGUUUUAAUAUUGUAUUACUGAUUUUAAUGUUUGUAUUUUAUGUGUGUUGGAAACCACCUUGAGCACCAAACAUGGUGGAGAGGCAGUAUAUGAGUUGAAUAAAUAAGUAAAACUCCGUGAGCUUUCUUAGCAUGACCCUAUAAAAGAGAAGCAAAAUCCCAUCCAACUUGCCCAGUUAUACCACUGUCUCCUUCCCUGAAACCACUACACUUAUUCCUCUCAGCUAGUUUCCCACUCCCUUCAGCCAUUCCUUCCAUUUUACAAAAGUAUGUAUGAGGCUUCUUAGCAAUCAGAACACAGACCAGGGGCAGGCUGACCAUUUGACUCACGGGGAAAUUUUCUCCACUGGCCCGGAGGGCCACUCAUGGCCAGGAGCAAGCAUAACCAAGCUUUAGCAACUCUACCAGAGCCUAAGAGGCCACUUGGCUCAUACACUUCAGUGGCAAUAGUAAUCGGUGUCACUGGUGGUAAUUUCCCUCUCCGCUGCUAGGAGGAAGCAACAGGUGAGCUAGUACCCAUUGUUUCCACCAGUGAGUUGAGUGACCCCUGCAGUGCCAGUGUAUAGCAGCACAGGGGCCCUGCUGUUUGGCCAUUUUCACUUCCCAUUCUACUCCUCACACAGACUGUGAUCUUAUAAGAUCUUGGUCAGCAUUUUUGCUUUCAAAGCUGUGAAGAAUCUGUAACUGCAUGCAUUACUUUUUUCUUACAGAAUUUAAACCUUCCGUUUUUAAUUUUUGGAAUUUUUCUGAUACCCCAGGUUUGUAAAAACAUCUCCCGUUUCUUUAUCUGGCCCCAUGGUAUGUUUUUUCUUAAUCCACAUUCAGGGACCAAUUUCAUAAUUAGAUAUACAGAUGUUUAUUUCCAUUCUCUUAUUCAGUGAAGAUGGUGUAUCAUUUUA